GUGUGUUAUUUGGAUGCACAUAGCGUCAGCAAAAAAAAACUAAAGUAAGAUAAAAAGACCUUCUUCAUACGUGCAGCGACAGGUGACACUAGGCAGACAUUGGUGUGCCCUUAGCGUGAGGGGCUAGAUGCUCUAGGAACACGCACGAGCAGCUACAAACAAUUUUGCCGAUUCCUGGUGUAAAAGACGGACCCUUUAUUCGCCGCCAAACGUCAGUCAUUCGCAAAGAUGUACAUCCGGCUCUUGGCUCCAUUUGCACUAUAUGCAUUUGUAUUCGCCAAUCACUAUGUUGAAACGUCCAACAAAUCAUCCCCAUUUUAUGAGCUGCCUGCCAACAGCACCGAUACCCUUUACCUCGUGGGGCACUCUGUCGAUUUAUUCAAAUGGAGGCUAACAUGCGUAAGAACAAACUACACCAGUCGGCAAGGUGAAGUGGUCAAUCGGACACUGAUUUUCAACUAUUCAAAAGACUUCAACGAAACUCCGGAAGUAGAAAUGAGCUUUCCAUUUCAAGUGACAGUACCAGACGUUCCGAUAAUGUUUGACCUUGAACUGAAUGUGACAGCUCAGGGUCGCUUUGCUGGGUGGAGGCUAGAGCCUGGCAAUCCACAGGGCAAGCAGGCACAGCGCCGACCCGUGACAGUGCUUUAA